CGGCUCUCUUCGGCUACGUUCGGCCGCGGCCCUGAAGGGCGCCCAUGGAACCGGGCUUGCCGGCUCGAGAGACAGCUAUGGCGCCGCUGCUGGAGUAUGAGCGGCAGCUGGUGCUGGAACUACUGGAGGCGGACGGGCUGGUGGUGUGCGCCCGCGGGCUCGGCGCGGACCGGCUCCUCUACCACUUCCUCCGGCUGCACUGCCACCCGGCGUGCCUGGUGCUGGUGCUCAACACGCAGCCAGCCGAAGAGGAAUAUUUUAUCAAUCAGCUGAAGUUAGAAGGAGUUGAACAUCUCCCUCGCCGAGUAACAAAUGAAAUCACAAGUAGCAAUCGCUAUGAGGUGUACACACAAGGCGGUGUGAUAUUUGCAACAAGUCGAAUACUUGUGGUUGAUUUCUUGACUGAUAGAAUACCUUCAGAUUUAAUUACCGGCAUCUUGGUGUACAGAGCUCACAGAAUAAUCGAGUCUUGUCAAGAAGCAUUCAUCUUGCGCCUCUUCCGACAGAAAAACAAACGUGGUUUUAUUAAAGCUUUCACAGACAACGCUGUUGCCUUUGACACCGGCUUUUGUCAUGUGGAGAGAGUGAUGAGAAAUCUUUUCGUAAGGAAGCUGUAUCUGUGGCCAAGGUUCCAUGUAGCAGUAAACUCAUUUUUAGAACAGCAUAAACCCGAAGUCGUAGAAAUUCAUGUUUCUAUGACACCUGCCAUGCUUGCUAUACAGACUGCUGUUCUGGACAUUCUAAAUGCAUGUCUAAAGGAACUGAAAUGCCAUAACCCGUCACUUGAAGUUGAAGAUUUAUCUUUAGAAAAUGCUAUUGGAAAACCUUUUGACAAGACAAUCCGCCAUUAUCUGGAUCCUUUGUGGCACCAGCUUGGAGCCAAGACCAAAUCCUUGGUUCAGGAUUUGAAGAUAUUGCGAACUUUGCUGCAAUAUCUCUCUCAGUAUGAUUGCAUCACAUUUCUUAAUCUUCUGGAAUCUCUCAGAGCAACAGAGAAGGCAUUUGGUCAGAAUUCAGGUUGGCUGUUUCUUGACUCCAGCACCUCAAUGUUUGUAAAUGCUCGAGCAAGGGUUUAUCAUGUUCCAGAUGCUAAAAUGAGUAAAAAAGACAAACUGCCUGAAAAACUGGAGAUUAAAGAAGAGCAAGUUGUCUUUUAUUUCUAUACAGAAACAAGAAAGGAACUGGUCCUAGAAAGCAACCCAAAAUGGGAGGCACUCUCGGAAGUAUUGAAAGAAAUUGAGGCAGAGAAUAAGGAGAGUGAAGCCCUUGGUGGUCCAGGACACGUUCUCAUUUGCGCAAGUGACGACAGGACCUGUUCCCAGCUGCGAGAGUACAUCGCUGUCGGAGCAGAGGCCUUCUUGUUGAGGCUCUACAGGAAAACCUUUGAGAAGGACAGCAAAGCUGAAGACGUGUGGAUGAGGUUUAGGAAGGAGGAUGGCUCAAAGAGAAUUAUGAAAUCCAACAGAAGGCCCAAAGGCCUCCGAAACAAAGACAGGGCUUCUGCCAAAGAGAGGGCUCUCAAAAAGAAGAAACCAAGGCUGACUUUAACUCAGAUGAUGGAACAAUCGGAAGAACUGGAGGAGGAGGGGGGUGUCGAGGAGGGCUGUCCGAGAGACCUAAGCAGUAGCCCUGAAAGCUGCUUAGAAGAAAUUAAACACGAGGAGUUUGAUUUAAACGUGUCCUCAGAUGCCGCGUACGGAAUCAUGAAAGACCCCCUCACCAUUAUCCACCCACUCCUGGGCUGCAGCGACCCCUACGCUCUGACACGGGUGCUCCACGAGGUGGAGCCAAGAUACGUGGUCCUGUACGACGCAGAGCUGACCUUCGUGCGUCAGCUUGAAAUUUACAGGGCAAGUCGGCCCGGGAAACCCCUGAGGGUUUACUUUCUUAUAUACGGAGGUUCAACCGAGGAACAACGCUAUCUCACUGCUUUGCGGAAAGAAAAGGAAGCUUUUGAAAAACUCAUAAGGGAAAAGGCUAGCAUGGUUGUCCCUGAAGAAAGAGAAGGCAGAGAUGAAACGAACCUCGACCUCGUAAGAGGCUGUGUAUCUGCAGGUGCUCCCACCGACACACGCAAAGCCGGCGGCCAGGAACAGAAUGGUACCCAGCAAAGUAUCGUUGUGGACAUGCGCGAGUUUCGAAGCGAACUCCCAUCUCUGAUCCACCGUCGGGGCAUCGACAUUGAGCCAGUGACCUUAGAGGUCGGAGACUACGUUCUGACUCCAGAAAUGUGCGUGGAGCGCAAGAGCGUCAGCGAUUUGAUCGGCUCUUUGAACAAUGGCCGCCUCUACAGCCAGUGUAUCUCCAUGUCCCGCUACUACAAGCGGCCGGUGCUUCUGAUCGAGUUCGACCCCACUAAGCCUUUCUCUCUCAUGUCCCGAGGUGCCUUCCAUCAGGAGAUCUCCGGCAAUGACAUCAGCUCCAAGCUCACGCUCCUUACGCUGCACUUCCCCAGGCUCCGGAUCCUCUGGUGCCCCUCCCCACACGCCACCGCGGAGCUGUUUGAGGGGCUGAAGCAGAACAAGCCACAGCCGGACGCGGCGACGGCCAUGGCCGUGACAGCCGAUUCCGAGACCCUCCCCGAAGCAGAGAAGUAUAAUCCCGGUCCCCAGGACUUCUUGUUAAAAAUGCCAGGGGUAAAUGCCAAAAACUGUCGCUCCCUGAUGACCAACAUUAAGAACAUCGCCGAAUUAGCAAGCCUGUCCCUCGACAAGCUGGUGCUCUUGCUGGGGAAUGCGGCAAACGCCAGGCAGCUCUAUGACUUCAUUCACACCUCCUACGCAGAGGUCAUCUCCAAAGGGAAAAUGGGAAAAUGAAUGGUGGUGCCUGUUUUCUUAUCCCGUGACUAUGCUUCUCAGCUGCUCCUUGCCUGCCCUCACAGGUCUUUAUUAAUUAUUAGGCCAGUAGCUUAUUCUCUGCCAGUCUGAAUGAUUAGGCUGUUUCCUGGGUCAGGGGACCAGAGGCCAAGGCUGGGCUCUGAACUUUGCGUUCAGGAGUCAUUUUUACUUCCCACGCCUGCUCUCCUCCUUCCCUGCACCAUCCAUGCCAGGUCCAGUAUGUUCCAUUUACAUGAGGUGUUGUCAGGAUCAGGGAAAGUGUCUGCAGUGUUUAUAGAAGGCCAUUUCUGAAACAUGCAGAAACUUAGGUUUCCUCCACAGACUGAAAACGCACCAUCGUGUUCUUACCCUCUGUCUACAGAGGGGCUCCCAGGACACUGAGAAGGGAACAUCUCUGCCAUUCCCGACCUGUUCUCCCCUCCAGGUUUUCCUCAGCUGCAUGCUUCUCCCACCUGUCUGCCUCGGGGAUAAAUUCAUGGGGACUUCCUACUGCUAAUUUAAGAAAGGCAGCCACUUCUAAAACCGGCCGAUCGGUCUUCUGAUCACCUGAAGAUAUGUAGCACGUACUAUAACUAUAACUGGAUUGUUCAAAACCAGUAUUUUUAAAACAUAAAAUGAAUUACCGAUUUACAGAAUUGGAUGGCAUGGGUGAAGAGGAGCCCUGAAAAUGCUCCGUUAUUAUAGCUGUUUAUCCUCCUAAGUCCCAGCAGAGUCUCUUAGACUUCCUCCUUCCCAGCCUCUCCUCACCUGUCCUGGGACCCCCAGCUCAGGUCCUCCCCCGGGUCUCUGCCCCGCCACGUCCCUGUUCCAGAGCAGCCUCCUGCACCUCUGUGUGGGGACUGGCACACAAGCAAAGGAGGGACCCACAGCUUUUAAGGUUUGAUUUUCCUUCCUUGAGUUGAGUCAGAAGGGUUGUAAGGAGAUGGAAGAUCAAUGCAUAGCAUAUAUAAAAAUCCUAAAGAAAUAUAUAUAUAUUUGAAAAUCCAUAAAGAAAACAGUCUCAUUCCAAACCUUCUGGUCCUUACUGAAGUAUACGUACAGGACAUUCACAACAUCUUUGUGCAAUUUUUAAACUUUUAUAUUGAAACAUUAUUAACUUAGGUAUUAUUCACAUAUUUAAUGAUGAGUAGUAAGUUUUCUACCUCAAGAGCUGCUGUAGACAUCAGUUCCGCUGGCUGCAUCACAUAGGGUCAUAUUUUGUUGGCCGUGUUUUUAUUUGUUACACUGUUGGAACUCAGAGUCAACAGUGGACCAUAUAACGCAAAAUGGUCUUCAACUUUAACAGAAGUCUUUCAACUGUCAUCUCCAAACCGAACCUUUCAUCUUGAUUUCUUGGUAUGUCGACAUAUGUUGAAGUGUAUGGCUUUUGAACUCUAUACAAGGCUACCACAAGAAUGAAUUAAGGGGUAUCAAGGAACCAUAUUUGUUAUCAUCUAACUCUGUAGAGUGACUUGGAGAGGAGAGAAGAAGACAAGAAACAAAAAUUAGUUUAAGGCAGAAUAAAGAUUUGGGCUACUAAUUUUGUCCCAGGGUUAAAAAUAUACCCUUGAGAACAGGAAAACAAAAAUGUCAGGCUCAUAUGUUAACUUUCACUUUUGUAUACAUUUCUUUCUUUAAGCAUUCAGUCAUAGUUAAAAGUACAUUUAAAUAGACACCACCUCAAAUAGUAAUGGUUAUUAUAAUUUUGCUUCACUCUAUCCUAGCACUUCUGCUUGAGAGAUGUAAUUUCUGUUUUUUUCUCCUGGUAUAAUUCCACCUGCCUUUUAUUGUUCUUUCAUUACGUAAGAGGAAAAUCCUAACAGAGCACGUUCUUUGAUAAGGGUUUCACUCCAAGUUAAGUUUUCAAAAAUAAGCUCUCAAAGCUACCAUCUUAAACAGUCCUUGUUAUCUGCUACAACAUAGAAAACAGUCUUAGUUGUAUUUAGAGAGCCAGUGUCUUCUGGCUCCCAAAUUCUCUUACCUCCUGUUGUACCUACUAGACAUCUUAAGACAGUGCACCAGCUCAUGUGUGUUUGAAUUAUGAAUGAUAGUGUCUAAUGAACUCUAAAAUGGUCAUUAUAGUUGAAAGGCUCUCACUGCCACUUCCUCUCCCAACUAAAUAAAUAUAUUUUAGUGUCUCCAGUUGUGGAAACCCUUUAAUACAACCAUCAUGUAUUUACUUUUGCCAAAUUCUUUUAAAAUUUUUACAAUCUAAGAAUCUUUGGCAAAGAACUAGAAAUGCAUGCAGUUGAAAAAACUAUAUCACUUUAUUUUCUAGCAUCAUUUUAUUAACUUUGCCUUUUUCUUUCAAAAUCACGAACAUCCAGUUUACUUAUGAACUCAAGCUUAGCUUUUUAAAAACCUUUUUUAAAAACUUGAGACCAACAUUAUUCUAGGUUACAAGUUUUUUGCAUAAAACUUUGAGCAUAUGAAAUAUUGUGAGAAGUCGUUUUCAGUGUUAACUCACAGUGUCUCUCUUGAUACUUUCUUAAAGUUAUAUAAGAAGAAAUCAUUUUUAAUAGUGACCGUAAAUAAUAUCCUUUUGGCAGUAGUUACUGUUUCUUUAAUCUGAGGCUUAGUAUGUCUAUAUGUCUACGUAUGUUUGGGCACAUCCAGAAUGCAGUUUCCCAGCUCAUGAGGGACUGAAAAUAAUUGUCUCAUUUAUCAACCCACUGAGACACAGAGGGUUAAGUCUAGAUUCAGUUGUGUUGAGAUAACAGAAUACAGAGUUAAUAAAUGGCCUCCAGCAGGAAAACCUACACUGAAGCAAAUCUGGAGAAGUGGGUGAGGGGAGAAAGACAGGAAUUAUUAGUCUUUGCUUUAGUUUUUCAAGCAUAAUUUGAUAUUCUUUUGGCUCAGAAAACUUUAGGGAAAUUCCCUUUUCUUUUUUGUUCAGUUUAACCUACAAAUGUCCCCUUAAGAACCAACAUUUUGGGAAAAUUCUUUUCUCAGGCUUGGGCAUAUUAAAAUUUACCCAGACUUUGAUAUGAGUUGUCACUUCUCUUCAUUAUUUUGCUUUCUAUUUUGGUUUAUAGCUAUUUCCUGUCUGAUUCUGGACUUCAGUGCUUAAGUUACCAUCUUUAUCCAUGGGUAUUUGGUGGCCUACACCACUGUUGUUUUUUUGAUGUAAGGGUAUAUAAGCCAAAAUUUGUAUGGGAGGGAGACCUAACCAUUUACAUCAAUUUGUAACAGAGUUGUUUGUGUGUGUUUUAAUAACGUGUAUUUAUUCAGUAUUCUCAGCAUUCUGUGGGCAAAAUAAAAAUAACCAUGUAUAGUGAAAGGGAAUAUAUUCCCAGUACAUUAUAGUUACCAGUGUGUUGGUAAAUAUAAUUUAAAAUUCAGAGAAUAUUUAAUUGGUUUUUUUUACGCAGAGUAAACGAUUAAAGCUGAAA